AUGGGACUAAUAUACACAUUAUUGAUGGUUUUGUUGUUUGAUCUGAUUCGUGGUAUCCGAGACCCAGGACACCCGUUCACUCUCGAAGAGCUGAAUGUGGUGUCCGAAAACAAGUGUGAAAUGGAUCUGCAGAGGAAUAAAUGCAGUGUUUGGUUCACUCCCACUAUAGACCACUGCUCGAUGACCACACUCAUCGGGCUGUCCAUUCAGGUGAAACUGAUCCGCUCUCUCCCCGAACACUUCAAAAUCGAUGUCUAUAUCACACCCGGAAGUCACGCCACCGAAGAGGCCGUCAAUAAGCAGUUGGCAGACAAGGAGAGUGGCGGCCGCUCUCGAGAACCAGCACUUGAUUGA